CCCCCUGAAGCGGCCGGAGCCGCGCCCGCCGCCCGCCGGGACGAUGGUGCGCUGCGGGGCGGCCGCGCUGCUCGCCGCGCUGCUCGGCGUCUGCGUCUGGACCGACGAGACCGGGAAAGUUAUCUCGGACCGGUUCGCCGUCUACUGGAACCGGAGCAAUCCCAGGUUCCACCGCGGGGACUACACGGUGGAGGUGAGCAUCAACGACUACCUGGACAUCUACUGCCCGCACUACGAGGAGCCGCUGCCCGAGCGGAUGGAGAGGUACAUCCUCUACAUGGUCAACUACGAGGGCCACGCGUCCUGCGACCACCGGCAGCGCGGCUUCAAGCGCUGGGAGUGCAACCGCCCCGACUCCCCCAACGGGCCCCUCAAGUUCUCCGAGAAGUUCCAGCUCUUCACCCCCUUCUCGCUGGGCUUCGAGUUCCGACCCGGCCACGAGUACUACUACAUCUCCGCGUCCCCCCCGAACACGGUGGACAGACCCUGCCUGAAGCUGAAGGUUUAUGUUCGGCCAACAAACGAUUCCCUCUACGAGUCCCCGGAGCCCAUUUUCACCAGCAACAACUCCUGCUGCAGCCUCAGGGUGCCGCCGGCGGCGCUGGCGGUGGUGCCGCUGGCCUGGACGCUGCUGCUCUCCUAGCACGGGCACCGGAGCGCCCAGGGACGGACUCUGCCCGCCCCGAACCGCCCGCAUGGUGCCAGAGAGGGUCGGUGCUGCCAGCGAGGAUCCCCAAGUCCGGGAUGGGUCCCGACCUCCAUCCCUGCCCUGCAGCUCCAGCUGUCCCGGUGGGGCGUUGCUUUUUACAUUUCUAGACCAAAUACAGAGUCCUCGUCAUUUUGGGGUUUUUUCCUUCGUUUGUUUGGGUUUUUUUUGUUGUUUGGUUUUGUUUGCUUUUUUUUUUAAAGAAAAAAAAUAUUUUUAAUUUUUAUUUUUAUUUGCUGAGUUGUUCCUGUCGGGUCCCCCUGGUGUCAGACUGACCUGCACGGGCCGGGCUGAAGUGCCAGCUGAGCCCUCAUUGACCCCACCGUGGGUACAGCCACCGGGACCACCGGGCACAGUGAUGGUGCCACUGGGCACAGUGAUGGUGUCACCAGGACCACCGGGCACAGUGAUGGUGUCACCGGGACCACCGGGUACAGUGAUGGUGUCACCGGGACCACCGGGUACAGUGAUGGUGUCACCGGGACCACCGGGUACAGUGAUGGUGCCACCAGGCAAGGCAAUGGUGUCACCGGGACCACCAGACACAGUGAUGGUGCCAGCAGGACCACCAGACACAGCAAUGGUGCCACCAGACACAGCGACUGUGCCAGCAGGACCACCGGGUACAGCGAUGGUGCCACCAGACACAGUGAUGGUGCCACCGGGCACAGUGACGGUGUCACCGGGACCACCGGGCACAGUGAUGGUAUCACCGGGACCACUGGGUACAGCAAUGGUGCCACUGGGCACAGCGAUGGUGUCACCAGGACCACCAGACGCAGCGAUGAUGUCACCGGGACCACCGGUCACAGCAAUGGUGUCACCGGACACAGCGAUGGUGUCAUUGGGACCACCGGGCACAGCGAUGGUGUCACCGGGACCACCAGACACAGCGAUAGUGCCACCGGGCACAGCGAUGGUGCCACCGGCCCCGCGGGCAAGGACUCCUUGCCAGCCCGGCCGCAGGACGUCACGGAGCCGGACCCGCCAGCCCCGGCCACCCCCUGCCCCAGGCACGGGGGGCCUGGAUGGACACAGCCCCCUCUGAGCACCGGGGGUUCACCCUGUCCCCUCCGCUGGUGUCACCGCCGUCCCCGUGGGACACCGGGGUGGCUCUGUGAGCAGACUGGAGCAGCUGGGCUGGGGACACUGGGAUGGCCGGUACCGGGAGCACCGGGAGCACCGGGAGCACCGGGAAGGGCUGGCACUGCCCAGGGCCGGCGCUGGCACGGCCGGGAAGGGUCGGCUGGCACAGGGAGCACCGGGAGCACCGGGAAGGGCUGGCACUGCCCAGGGCCGGUGCUGGCACGGCCGGGAAGGGCCGGCUGGCACGGGGAGCACGCCGGGCGCUGGGAGCCGGCAGGCCGGGCUCGCCCAGCCGUGGGCAUCGCUCCGAGGCCGUUUGGCACCGGGAGGAGCGCGUGCUGUGGGUUUUCCUCCUCCACCCUGCCCCGUGCCCCCAGUGCCUUGGUUGGGGGUGCAGGAGUCCCCACUGGGGGGUGGCGACCACAUCUGGGACCUUCCUGGGGCUCCCCCAUUGCCCCCCGACAUUCCAGGGCUGGGCUUGGGGAUUUUUCCCUUUUCCUUUGCAUUAAUAAGUGAACUCCACCCCCCCACCCCUCCUCCGAACCCCCAAUCCGAGGUUGGCCGUGACCCCGGGGGUGGCAGAUCCCCAGGGAGGGGUCACCCCGCAGCCCCGGGGUCUGACCCCUCCUCGCCUUAAAUCUGGGGCUGUCCCACCUUGGGGAGUCCCUGUGCCCGUCCCACAAUCCAGGGAUGGUCGGUGGUCCCGGGAGAUGCCAGAGGUGGGCUCAGACCUGGCUGGAGCCCCCCCAUUCCGAGUGGAUCCCGGCUUUUCCCGUCGUGGGGGCCGGGGGGGCUCUGUCCCUGUACAUACAGCGCUAUACUGUGAGCGUUUUUUUUUUAUGUAUUGUUGAGAAUGGAUUUUAUGGAAGGGUUUAUCUUAUUUUUAUUUUAUUUUUAUUUUUUAGACUAGGAAGCUGGAAUCUUGCAAUAAGCUCAUCCUGACCAUCCAAAAAAAAAAAAACAACAAAAAAAAAUAGAAAAAAAAUUUACAAAAAAAAAGAAAAUUAUUAAAAAAAACACCAAAAAACCCCAAAAAAACAACAAAAAAAAAAGAAACAAACACAUAAUUAAAAAAAAAAAAAUCGCAUUCCCUGCCUUCCCUGUCCCUGUCCCGUGUGUCCAGACCAGGUCGUGGUUCCCGAAGGUGACAAAAUGUGUUUAUGGGGGGGAUGCGGGGGGCACCCGCCGGGCUCUGACGCGGAGCCGGCAGCACCCGCCUGGCCUUCGGUCUGUGUUUUAUAUAUAUAUAGAUUAUAUAUAUAAAUAUCUAUAUUGUGUACAGCGACUGUGGGAGAGUGGAAGGACGGAGGCGGCCGUGGGGCCGGCUGGGGGUCCCCUGGAGCAGCCCCCCCUGCCCCGGUGCCGUGUCCCCCCCGUGCUGGUCCCGUCCUUCGCUCCGUCCUUCGACAUUCCGCUUUCGUCCUCGACGUCGUGCUGAUGGUAACCGGAUCUCUCACCCCCUCCCCACUGCCCACCCCCCCAUUUGGAUUCUGUAUUUUUUUAUAAUAAAAUACAAAUAAAUGUC